AUGCAGUCGUUAAUGAAGGUCCUAUUCCUCAUGGCCCUCGUGGCCCUUGUGGCUGCUUCCCCGGCCCCCAAGAUCCAGAAGCGUGGUGUAUACAAGGUUGAGCGGGUGUCAAACCCGGCCUACACGGGCAAGAAUGGCCCCCGGGCACUUCUCAAGACUCUUAGAAAGUACCGCAUGCCAAUUCCCGCCGGUCUAAUGGAGUCUGUCGAGGGACACGAGAUGAUCUCCAAGCGCAAGGAGAAGAAGAAGGGAGCAAAGAAUGGUGCCGGGGCUGGUGCUGCUGCUGCAGACAACGGCACGGCGAGUGCUGCCGCCGCCAAUGGCACUGGUACUGGUCUUGUCACUGCUACGCCCGAGGAGAAUGAUGUCGAGUAUUUGUCGCCUGUCGAUAUUGGUGGCCAGACUCUCAACCUCGACUUUGAUUCUGGUUCUUCCGACCUUUGGGUGUUCAAUAACCAGCUCAGCGGCGCCGCGACCACUGGACACACUGUCUUUGAUGCCACCAAGUCCAACACGUUUGCUCUGAUGAACGGUGCUUCUUUCGAGAUCAGCUACGGUGACGGUUCGGGAGCCGCCGGCAACGUCGGUACGGACACGGUCAACGUGGGUGGUGCCACCGUCACUGCUCAGGCCGUCGAGCUGGCCACGGCCGUCUCCAAGUCGUUUGUCCAGGACACCAGCAACAAUGGUCUGCUCGGCCUGGCCUUUUCCAAGCUCAACACGGUGCAGCCCCAGCAGCAAAAGACCUUCUUCGACAAUGUCAUGCCCUCGCUCGCCGAGCCCGUCUUCACUGCCGAUCUCCGUGCCAAUGCCACCGGCGCCUACGAGUUUGGCCGCGUCGACACUAGCAAGUUCACCGGCCAGAUGACCUGGGUCCCUAUCAACGACACCCAGGGCUUCUGGCAGUUCGCCAGCGAGAGCUUUGCCGUCAACGGCGGUGCCACUCAGCAGGGUACCGCCGGUGCCCAGGCCAUUGCCGACACGGGCACCACCCUUGUCUUGGCUGACCCCGUUGCCGUCGACGCAUACUACUCCCAGGUCCAAGGUGCCGUCAACGAUGCUCAGGCCGGUGGCUUCGUCUUUCCUUGCGACACUCAGAUGCCCGACCUCGCACUCGAUAUCGGUGGAACCCCGGCCACUAUCAAGGGAGCUGAUAUUAACUUUGCUCAGGUCGACGCACAGAACUGCUUCGGUGGUGUUCAGGCAUCCCCUGCCAACCUUUUCAUCUACGGAGACAUCUUCUUCAAGAGCAAUUUCGUUGCCUUCAACGGUGGUAACAACUCUCUGGGCUUCGCAACCCAUGUUUAG